ACUUUCUCGCCACGUUCAAAUCCAGUUUCUCCGUCAAAAUGUUGCCUUUUAUUUAUUCUUUCCUGUGAAAAUGUUGAUAGAACGAAGACUAGUUUUGUAUAAUGGUUCUCGAAGCCUUGCAGUUAAAUAAAUUGGGAAAUCAUUGAACUGAAAGUGUUCAGCGGCGCAGAAAAGUCCAAAGUAAAACUAGUUUUAAUUAGAAAGUGCUGAGUUUGAUCAUGGCUUCCAGACAGCAGCUCCAGAGACUGACCGAGGAGACAGUUUGCCCCAUUUGUCUGGAUUUCUUCACCCACCCGGUUACACUGGAGUGUGGACACAACUUCUGCCGCUCCUGUAUCACCCAGAGUUGGGAAAAGAAGGUAAACUCCUGCCCGGAAUGUAGAGAGGAGUUUCCGGAAAGAAACCUCAGGGUAAAUCGGGCCUUAGCGAAUCUGGCCGAGGAGGCUCGAAAACUAAAGCUGGAUCAGAAAGGGAAGGAAAGUAAACUUCACUGUGAGAUACAUCAGGAAGAUCUGAAGCUGUUUUGUAAAACUGACAAGAAAUUAACCUGUGUGAUUUGUGUCACUGGGGAACAGAGAGAGCACUUCAUCCCGAGUAAAGAAGCUGUUGAAAUCUAUAAGGAUCAGCUGAAAUCUUCCUUAGAUUCUCUCACAGAGAAGAAAUCGGCGGUUCUACAAACGGAACAGAACCAGAAACGGAAGAUUUCCGAAGUGAGGGAACAGGCGAGCAGUCUGCAGACCCACAUCACAUCCGAGUUCACUAAAAUGCACCAGAUUCUAACUGAGAAAGAACAGAGUUUACUCAGUGAUCUCAGGGAAGAAGAGGGAAGGAUUCUAGAAACAAUGGAGAAAAACCUUCGAGAGAUUCAGGAGAAUUUAAAUUCUACUGAGGAGAAACUCUCAAAGUUGCAGAAACAGAUGGAGCAAACAGACGAGUUGAUAUUUCCGAAGGAGGCAGCUUGUCGGAAGAGAAGGAUUAGUGAUGAAGAGAACAGGCUCUCAGCUUCUGAUGCCUCUCUGUCUAUUGAAAAGUUCAACGGCCCUUUACAGUACACAGUCUGGAGAGAAAUGAUCCAUGGCAUUCACCCAGCUCCAGCCUCUCUGACUCUGGAUCCGAACACAGCGCAUCCCCGGCUCAUCCUGUCUGAGGACCGGACCAGUGUGAGACUCGGAGACAAACCGCAGCCGCUCCCUGACUCCCCGGAAAGAUUUGAUCCCUGGCUCAGUGUCCUGGGAUCAGAGGGAUUCACAUCAGGUGGACAUUACUGGGAGGUGGAGGUGGGUGAGAAGACCGGGUGGAGUCUGGGAGUGGCCCGGGAGUCUGUGAAGAGGAAAGGGUUGGUCCACCCGGAGGAGGAGACCGGAUUCUGGAUUGUGGAGCUGUUUCCCGGAAAAGGUUAUCUAGCCGCCACCUCCCCCUCAGUGACCCCCCUCUCCCCGAGUGUGAAUCCCUGGAAGAUCGGGGUUUUCCUGGACUAUGAAGGUGGACAGGUGUCAUUUUACAAUGCGGACACCAUGUCCCAUCUCCACACUUUCACCCACACUUUCACUGAGAGGAUCUUUCCCUACUUCAAUCCGGGACGGAAUAUUGAUGGGAAAAACUCCGCCCCGCUGACAAUCUGCGGGACACUGACUGAUGCAUCCCAUAAUCCCUGAGGUUGUGAGCUGCAGGAAUCCGGGGCCCUUCAGCCUGUAAUGUUGCUCCACAGGCGGAAGGUGGCGCUACAUGACGGUGUUGGAGAUGAAUCAGUCAGUGGUUCUCAGACUGGGCUCAGUGGAGGCUUUCCAGGGGGACAGCAAAUCAUUUCACUGCAGGGUCAGUGGAGUCUUUCCCGGGAGACACCAAAUCAUUUCACUUCAGGAUCAGUGAAGUCUAUCCAGGGGGUCACCAAAUCAUUUCACUUCGGCUCCGCGGAUUCUUUACAGGGGGUCUGUGUUCAAUCACAAUAAAAAUGUCAGUCUGAUUUUCUCCAGACUCUCAUCAUGCUGCAGUAAUGUAUAUCUCACGCAUGAUUUAAUAACAGUGAGAAACUGGACUUGAUUUGCUCAGAUCUGUAAAUAUUGUCCAAAAUGUCAGCGCUUUGUCAUAAAAUUAGAUGGAAAGAAACUCCUUUGACUGCAGAGAGCUAUUUUACGUUAGAAUAGGAACUUGUCUUGGAAUUAUUUUAAACAUGUACAUGGGGUGAGACUGUUGUAAGUACUGAUUUGAAUCCUAUCAGAUUUGAAAGUGGUUGGUGAACUGAUUGCUUGUGGAAUUCAUGAUCAGAUAAUAAAUAAUGAUUUUGAAAAGA